UGCGCAGGCGGUGGCCACCGGCGGGAAACACGUCGCGAUGCCCGUUCACUGCCAGCAGAGCCCGGUGCUGGCAGGCAGCGCCACUUUGGCCGCCCUGGGGGCGCUGGUUCUGUACCUCGCGAAGCCCUCCGGCUACGGGAAGUACUCGGAGAGCCUGAUGCCCGCGGCUAUCCGCCUGCCCGCCCGCGCCGCCUGGUUCCUGCAGGAGCUGCCCUCCUUCGCGGUGCCCGCAGGGAUCCUCGCCAGGCAGCCUCGCUCUGUCUUCGGCCCGCCUGCGACUGUGCUUCUGGGCCUCUUCUGCGCACAUUACUUUCACAGGACAUUUGUUUACUCAUUUCUCACUAGAGGGAGGCCUUUUCCAGUUGCAUUCCUUUUCAGAGGCUUUGUCUUCUGCGUGGGAAAUGGACUCCUCCAAGGCUACUACCUGGUUUACUGUGCUGAAUAUCCUGCUGAGUGGUACACAGACCUACGGUUUAGCGUGGGUGUCUUCUUAUUUCUCUUGGGAAUGGGAAUCAACAUUCAUAGUGACUAUAUAUUGCGGCAGCUCAGGAAGCCUGGAGAAAUCAUCUAUAAAAUUCCACAAGGUUCUACCUCAAGAUGUUUGAGGACUACCCCAAAUCUCGGAAAGCCCUCAUUCCAUUCAUCUUUUAAAGAAACUAAGUGAAAAAAGAACAGCUCUCACAAUACUGUUGAAAACCAUCAAGCUGCUGAACUUGUAACUUUUAAGAGUUUGAAUGACCACAAAGAAAAAGGCAUGACUCUGAAUGGCUACAGAGAGAGCGAAUAAGUGAUUUACAACAGACACUGCAAACUUGUAUAUUCUUGGAAACUGGUGGAAAUAUCCAAAUAACGAGGGAGUAUCAAGUAAGGGGGACUAGUGAGUAAGAGCGUGUGCUUCUUGCCUUAACGAGGCAUCACUGACGGUGACAGUGGAGCACAUCAGAAGCACCCAGCAGCUCUUCUCUUCUGGAUGUCUUCAUCACGGUCCUCAGGAUCUGGUCAGGAAGGCAUCUCCCAGGGUGACUGGAACCUCAGUCUUCAAAGUUCCCAAGGGCACAGGCAGAAACCUGCGACUGGAGGGACACCUCUGGCUCGGACAGUGUUUACACAUAGCUUGAUCUUCUUUUUUUACAUUCAAAGUUUCCAAAAUUUAAAAAUUAGCAGGUUUCUACAUUCCAGUGUCCUUUAGAAAGUUGGAGGAUCUGGGCCCAUGGAGCCUGCUAAGAAUGGAGCCUGGUCAGCUAGGAUGCAUUAGUCUGCAGCCUCUGUGGAGGGCUCACCCUGGCGUGGGUGCUGGGACGUCGAGCUCUCUAAGGAAGGGGCAGAACACUCGUGAUCAGAAUGUUCGAAAAUAUUCGUCUCCUCAGGCCUCGGUUUGUGGCAAAUGUUGGUAAUACUUGGCAAGCCCUUUUGAGAAAUGGGCACCAGUUUCCUCAGAUGAGAUGCUCAGUACAGAAAUUCACUACAUAAGACACAUAGGACACUUGAAAGAUCUGAGGAGGAUGUAGAUCACUGACGAAGGCAACUUGUAAUCAUAUAAAUAAGUGUUUUGCUGUUUAUUAAAUGCGUCUCGAAUCAUGGAUAUUAAGUAAUUUUGUUUGAAUUAAAAGAUCCUUGGACUCAUGAAAAUUGUUAUAAGGUGUUGGGCUGUAUCUUUCCCCCUUUUUUCCUGUUUCUUUUCAGUGUUGCUUACUUUUUUCUCUUCUGUCUUCAUUUUGCCAACU